AUGAAGAAGAAACGACAACAACAAAAAAAGAAACGUCAAUAUUCAACUAAACGAACUAAACUCAAUCGAUCAGCUCGAAUUCAAACAAAAAAUUUCGAAAUAUUUGUAACAGAUUUUCUUACUGAUCCAUGUGGAUUACCAGUAGAAUUAAAAGAUUGUAUUUUAGUCGAUGGUACAAUACCAAUAAAUGAUAAUUUAGAUAAUUGUCCAUUAAAUAAUAAUCAAGUUUUGAAAAAACUUUAUGCUAAUUCAUUAGAUGAUGAAGAUUCGUGUAAAAAAAUCGAAUAA